CACUACAUCGGAGACACCACUCACGUACUUGAAGCACCGAAACCAUGGCCAUGAUACCCGUGAGCUACAGCGAAAAGGAUAACGUCUGGAGCGGAGCCAAGCGGAAUCCCAUUUACAAAUAUGACACCUCCGUUGGCAGGAUUAUAUUUAAUAACAUGCGUAACUGGCCAAAGAACGUCUGCCAGAUAUGCGAUGUGGAUGGAGUGGCUGUCACUUUCGAGAAAGGACUCACCUGGGCCAUUCGCAUAGCCCAGUACCUGAAGAAGCGCGGUCUUAACUACAAGGAUGUCAUUGGAAUUGCCGCCAAGAACUCAACCUAUGUAAUGCCCCUGGGUGUGGCAUGUCUGAUGAAUGCCACACCCUUCCACGCAGUGAAUCCUGUACUCGAUCAAGGUACACUGACACAUGUCUUCUCGAUCACCAAGCCAACUCUGAUAUUCUGUGAUGGCCACGAGUACGAGAAGAUCCAUGAGGCCACCAAAGGAUGGCAUCCGGAGAUCUUCACCCUAACUGAUCAUAUCGAGGGAGUGUCCAGCAUUGAGACUCUUCUGGAUCCCACCACCACGGAAAGGAUUUAUCAGCCGGAACCCCUGAGGGAUGGUGACCAGACAGUGGCUAUUCUGUGCUCUUCGGGAACCACUGGCCUGCCCAAGGCUGUGUGCAUUUCCAAUAGCAUUUUGAUUCAGGAUAGCAUGCUGAUUACCAGCGAAUCGGUGAUUUAUAUUGGAAGUUGCCUGGACUGGAUCACCGGACUGUGGGCCUUUGUGUUCAGCACCGUUUUCGGAUGCACUCGCAUCAUUAGCAACAAGCCCUUUAGUCCCGAAUAUUUCGUCAGUCUGGUAAAGAAGUACAAGAUCAACUACGCUGUACUGCCACCGCGUCAUCUUUCGGCCAUGAUUAGCUGCCCGGAUGCUACUCCCGAGGCCCUAUCGCCCAUCACGCUCCUCAAUUAUGGCGGCGGUUCAGUUUCCGCGUCUACCCUGCAGAAAUCCCAGCAGAUCUGCAAGAGCGCCAUGCUCAAUUCUGGGUAUGGAAUGACGGAGGUGGGCGCCAUCACCAUCAAUAUCGGAAUCAGCAAUGUUGCGUCAGCCGGAAGGCCCAUACCGGGCAUUAAAAUCCGUAUUGUGGAUGAGGAUGGCCGGAAUCUGGGCUACAAUGAGGUGGGCGAGAUCUAUGUCCAUACGGGCCAGGCGUGGAACGGUUACUACGGCAAUCCCGUCGAGACACGCCGCAUGCAGGACUUUGAGGGAUGGUUCCACACCGGCGACCUGGGCUACUUUGAUGAUCAGAACUUCCUGUAUAUAGUGGACCGGAAGAAGGAGAUCCUCAAGUACCAGGGACUCCAUUACUGGCCCACCGAGAUCGAAAGCGUCAUCACGGAGAUGCCGCAGGUGCAGGACGUCUGCGUGGUGGGCAUCUACGAUGAGCGGGAGGGCGAUGCUGCUGGUGCUCUGGUGGUGAAGGCUAAGGGUGCCAAUGUCACGGCCCAGGAGAUAGCGGAUCAUGUGGCCAAGAAGCUUCCCGCCACCCAGAAGCAGCUCCGGGCCGGAGUCGUCUUUACGGACAAGCUGCCAGCCAAUGUCAAUGGCAAGACAAUGCGAAAGGUGGCACGCGACGUCUUCGUAGCCCAAAAUGCAGCUCGCAAGUGAGAUCGGUGGCACUCCAAGUCUGUUUCUAAUCUUAAGUGCUGGCAAAUAAUAGGAAUACUUGAAACGCUGUUGGCGAAGCACCUUGGUCGAGGGCCCUCGACGGUAGGGUGACCUUUGGAUAGCCAUAAGCCAUAAAUUGUAACUGCAGUGGACACUAAUCCCUCAAAAGGGAAACACCAAAGUCCACUGUGGAUAGUGGAUAUAUAUGUAAGUCAUAUCGUUAAUCAUUCAG